AUGGACGACAACACUUGGUUCAGUGCAAGUCACACUGGCUUACGCCCUACUCAUAGGGUAGUCGAUGCGCGACGUACUGCCACAGCUCCCAACAAGCAGGCCCCUCAGCCCACGACACACCACAAUGCGUGGUCCGACUCGAGUCGCUCUUCCUCCGGCCCUACCACGAAAGCAACCCAUUCGCAGCCGACUGCCACAGCCGCACAGCGUGUCUUCGGCAUCGGUGAACUUGUCGAGUUGAUCCUUCUCAGCGCCUGCCCCAUCACAUGGAAACAGGUCUACCACGAAGAUCAGAUCGAGACGAUGCGACUCAUCCUCAUUUUUCAACAAGUCAAUACCACCAUGCGCGAUGCCGUUCAACACUCCACCAAGAUCAAGAGGAUGAUGCACAUGCGCUACUCACUCCAAGGCGAGCCUCGCAUAUUCCGCAUACAUCCACUUCUUUGGUGCCGCGACGGGAACUUCACGAGGAAAAUAGAUAAGUGGCCACUGGGUCACGGCAUCGCCUUCUACAAGGAAGCUCUGUUGCUGACCAUCGACGACCAAGCAGCAGCGGGACUAUCGCAGGAUCGCGGCAGUUGGCGUCACUUGCUCUUGGCUUGGAACAGAGGAGACUAUUCAAAGUGCGGCGUCAGGUGGUUGGAUGAUGGAGUGAAGAAACACGGAGAUAUGGAGCUGAAGUUGGAGGGUAUCGAGAGUGCUGGAGAGCUUGCUGAUGCGAUUGUGAGCGAGAUGAAGACGAAGCAUCUGGAUGAGCUCCAGCAGAUCCUAGGAUGCUCGACAUCAACUGCUCAGGGUCGAGAUUUCGAGACUGCGCUUUAG